GCCAGUUGCAACAGUUGCAUGCGAUGUUCAGUUCACGCAGUUGUGUAUGCGAGGUCAUCUAUCAAGUCUGUGAUUAGUGCAUCGUGUGCAUCCAGAAGUUUUAAACUCGGCGUAAAUUUAAACCGCCAAAAUUAGUGACAUUCUCCUGUCAGCGAGUUUUCAAAAAUCCGCACAGUUCGUCCCGGGUUACGCAACGCGUAUCAGAAAAAUAAUUUCGCGACAUCACUGCAUGUAUAAUUAGAUUAAGAGAGUAUAGCGCAAAAAUCAGUCAGAGAAAAUACCUUGGCGAUAAAUUUAGAUCCGUACAGUCAUUGGCGGGACUUUGUCAAACCUAAAAAUAGGUUUACGGUCUGUUCUUUCUCAGUGCAUUCACACGCGCUUUGCAAAAUUCUCGCGAAAAUCGUGGAAAGUGCUGUCCCAGGAUGAAUGGCCAGACCGAGCAUGAAAUCUGCGGAAACUGCAAAAAAGAAAUCCCCCAACAUAACUAUGUGAUGCAUUCAGCCCACUGUUCCCGCAACUUCACCCUCUGUCAGGUAUGCAAGGAACUCUUCUCGAAGUCCGAAAUCGAAGGCCACAAAAAGUCCUGUGUGGCGGUGAAACCAAAAGUGAAAAAACCCGAGCCGCCUCCGACCAAUCUAGAACGCAGUCAGUACUUCCAGGAACGGAAAGUGAUCGAAGACAAAAAAAUUGCAGCUAGGAAGGAGAGACAGCUACAGAAAUACGAAAGAUUGGUAGAUACGGGAUAUUCUUUAAAGGAAGGCGAGAAAAGGGAGAAGGUGGUGAAGACGAAGCCGGUAACGGCGGCCCGAGUUGAAAGUAAGCCCAAAAACUCUUCUGGACUGUUGGCUUGCAAGUUUUGCGAUUUGGAACUUCCGAAAUUGGAAUUGGAGGAACACGAGAAUUAUUGUGGGACGAGGACCGAUAAGUGUUUGGAAUGUGGGGAGUUGGUGAUGUUCAAGUACAAACAGAUUCACAUGGAUUCGAACCACGGAUUUUUGAAGCUGAAAGAUGAACCGGGUCCUCGAGCGUCUUGGGACUCCGCCACCCAACGCACGACCACCACCGACACACCUUCAUCGCCACGUCCCAGACCAGCCCCUUUGCGUCCAUUUUCGAGCUUCGACUCAACUCUAUACUCGUUUCCAGCAACUUACUCGGCUCCUCCGGUUAAGGACAAAAGCGAAACUUACAAGGAGAUUUCCAGGAGACUCGACUGCAAAACUGAAUACAUUCGUAAUUUAUUACACGAUUCGGCUAGCAUCACUGUACCAUUAAGACAUAGCGGGGCGAUGCCACGAAACCAUUUCAAUCACAAUAAAGGUCCUGCACCACUCCCUCCACGAAGGAGACCCAAUCCUCCCACUGAACUGACUAUUCCUUGCGAAUUCUGCAGCGUGCCGAUUCCUCAUGAAGAUUUAAUCCAGCACGAAACCGGCUGUAGACCUGAUUUGGCUCGUUUCGAUCCCAGAAGGAGGCGUUCUCCAGAACUUGAUGAAUUCUUUGUGGCUCCUCAACCCACUUCUCCUGAAGAGGAGUUGCCUUGCGAGUUUUGCGCUGAUAUGAUACCGGCGUCGCAGCUGCUGCGUCACCAAGCUACGUGUAUCUAAUUCUAUUUUUUAUAUACACAUAAGUACAUAUUUAAGGGAAAGCUUUUGAUUUGUGACUUUUUUAUUUUUGUUACUUAGCACUAAGUGCGGAAUUGUUCACAGUUAGGUGCUAUUGUGUUUUUGCGAUUAUUGUUGUUAGGGUUAAUAGCUCAAUUAAUUAUAGGUGUUUAUAAAAAUUAACUUUUGUACUACAA